UAGUGAAGCGUGGUUAACAGGAGUCUGAGUCACAGCCGAAACAUCCAAAUGGAUCUCAAAGUGCUUCUGCUGGUCCUGUGCAUCACCUUCAGCUCUGUCCAAGGUGCUAUUCCAACAUGCUGUGUUCAAACAUCCCGCAUCCCUCUAGCCAUACUGCAGGAGGUGGAGAAGUUUGAUGUCCAGAGUCGGAAUGGAGCCUGUGAGAUCGAUGCCGUGGUGUUGCAUCAUAAGGGAAAGAAGUAUUGUGCCCUGCCCAGAGCAAAGACCGUACUGCAAAUCAUACAUAAGAAAAGGAUGGGGAGCAAAUAUAUGGUUUAAAUGAGGAGAUAUACUGUUACAUACAGAGGAAGUUUUCUGUUAAUACCAGUCCUAAAACUGAUUUACAUUACCAGCUAAGACCUGUCCAUUAUCUAUUUUAUUCCGAUAUUAAUGCACAAAUUUAAUUCUACAUGAUGUAUUCGCUUUCUGAUCCUCCAAAACAGUAAACGCCAAGUUUCCUUUCAAUGCUUUAUUUUGAUGCCCCCAUGAAAUGUAUUUGCUGAUGCAUCAUCUUAUCCAGUUAAUCCAUUCAAAUGAUUCUGAAUAGAUCUCAACUUUUCAUAUCUAUCGCUGCAUUCUGAAGAAAACCUUGUAUCUCCAAAAUAGUAACUUUACAGGAGAAGGUAAAAACCUACUCUACUUUUAAUGUAAG